AUUUUGUCUAGCUGGGAGCCGGCGUACCUGGGCCUAUAAUAUCUUACCCUACUGCCAAGAAAAGCACACGAGAAUUACUAACCAAGUACUCUCAUUAAUCACCGUAACUACGAGAACUCACUCGUUUCCGGUUCCGUCUCCAUCAGCACCUCUCAGAGUUUCAUUGUCACGCAUGCCUGCUGUGCGAGCAAAAAAAGACGCUAAAUCUGUCUCGCCUACAUCGUGCGACGCAAGUCCAAACGAAUCUACAACCGCCGAAAACAGCAGAGGCCAGAGAAAGCGGCAAUCUCAGAGCUGUGAUGCUUGUAGAGCCAGAAAGGUUCGAUGCGUCCGGGAGAAUCUAGAAGAUUCAAAGCAGUCAUGCAAACACUGCGUAGCGCUUGGAAUACCCUGCACUUACGAUUACAGACCAAAAAAGAGAGGACCUCCCAACUUAUAUCUCCGUCGUUUACAAGAAGCUGCCGCUGCCGCUGUUGCAGCUCAAUCUGAGCAGAAUAAUCAAAUAAACGAUGUUGCAUCAAUAUCGCCUAUCUCUGCUCACCAAUCCCUUGCCAGCCCAAUACAUCCAAGUCUAUCCCCAUUGCAGCAGCACAUACAGCCCCCUUCCCUGGAACCCAUCAUGGCCCCAAUACAGACUUCUGCUCCCAUUAUCUCGCCAUCUCGAUACCCUAUCGCGGCCGACUCAUAUCACAAUCAUUACUCUCCUGUUAAUACGAUUCUCCCGACAUCAACUAGUAGCGCCCUACUCCCUCAGAAGACAGACGAUAAUCAAUCAUACCCCUUUUCCGAGACAUAUGGCGGAUUUCCCGCAUACAGUUGGUCUUAUAAACAACCUCAGUCCCUCCCGGUUCUACUUCCGAAUGUCAUACCCCCACUUUCAUAUUAUUACCGACAUCACCGCCUGGAAGAUAUCGCUCCCCGGGACAGUAUUUCACUCAUUAUCGCUCUUUUCUUCGAUUUCGUGUAUCCGCUAACCCCAUGUAUCCACAAGCCAUCGUUCAUGGCCGACCUGCACACCAAGAGAGAGGAACGCGACCCGCUAUUUUUUGCUCUUGUCAUGUCCACAGUGGCAUCAACCUUGGUACAAGUACCACGAUCUUAUGUACCCAUGGAGCGCUCUGUUGUGCGAAAGCUUGCGCAGAGAUGUUAUGAAGCCAGCCGACAUAUCACUACUGCAGCCUACGACCCUCCCAUGUCUAUGCACGUUAUUAUCCGAUAUUUCGACUGUAUCUACCAUUUUUGCGAAGGUAAUGAUGCCGCGCAGCACGCGGCCUUCGGCGAAGCGGCUCAUAUUGCUGUUACUCUGCGCAUGCACGAGGAGUCAUCCUACGAGGGGCUUGACCCCAUUGAAUGCGAGGUCAGACGGCGAACAUUCUGGUUACUUUUUGAUGCUGACAAGUCGAUGUCGAUUCUCUUGGGGCGUCCCAUAUGUCUUCGCGAUGAAGAUUGCACUGUCCACUUCCCCAAGGAACUCGAUGACGAGUACAUCAUUCGCAGUGCAUACCUGCCUCAGCCGCGUGGCAAGACAGCCCUGGUCUCAGGAUUAAACUACAUCUCCAGGAUUUUUGCACUUCUCGGUGAAAUAUUAGUUCGUAUCAGAGUGGAUAAACGGUCGCCUCCACAGGGCCAAUUUGCAACGGCGAGACUGGAGGAGGUCCAAUCUUUACACUCACGCAUUAUGGGGGCCCUCAUCCACACACCAGAGCCCCUGAGGCUGAAACAAACGCGUCGGCACAGCCGCCUUCCAGCGGAGUGCGAUGGCGCUGGGUUCAGACAAGCUACGUUCGCGGAGGUCAAGGACUUCUUCGAAAACCCCAAAGCUUCACGUGCGAACGCCCUGAACCCGUUCCUUGUCAUGCAGGCAAAUCUUUAUGUGACUCAAGUGAGUUGUCACUAUAAAGCAGCGCCGCUUAAAAUCCCGUUAACUCUGUUGAUCAAGCAACUCGUUCGAUUCGUGGUGGAGCAAUACCGCGAUGAACUCAUUACGGCUUUGCAAGGUAGUAUCGAUGAACACCAGGUCGCCGAGGAUAGGGAAGCGGUCGCAAGUGACCUGCUCAAUAUUCUUCGCAGUAUUCCUAUCCAGUCAAUCGCUACUAAUGGUCCUUCGCUGGUGCACAAAGUGCGAUUUGUCGCAUCCACCUUGUUAGAUGCUGUUCGGAAGGCGGAGACCGCUCCGGUAUCCGCUGCCCGUGCCCAUGCUUUCCUGUGGGACUUCCUAUCUAUUCUGUCCGAAAUCGAGAGAAAUUAUCUUCUCGACGAUGAUCGUGACGGCACAUCGAGUGGCGACGGUGGCAUGUCCAUGAUCUAGCAAAAUAGUACAUGAUCUAUGUGCUUCUUUUUGUCGUCCCUGUAUCUGUGGUUUGUAUAUCGUAUUGCUGGACUCGUCUAUUCAUACAUACCGAUGUCCUUUCUAUACUUAUCGAUAUUCGAUAUUCGUUCAGUCAGACUGUGUCAGCUCUCUCCCAAGCUUGAUAUCUUUAGUAUUAGAGUUCAGAACAAUUCCACCACAUUCGUGAUUGGCAUACCGCGGAUGUCAAUGGUCUAUCUUCAGAAUAAUAUUGACACCCGACCUCGAAU